AACGACUUACCCUUCCCAUCUUCCUAACUCAGAGACAAUGGUGUUAGCAGGCAUAUGUUUCGUGGUACUUCUGCAACACGCUGCAGGCAUGGCGAAUGUCUCAUUUUUCUCUUUAUUGACCCAUCAUCCAUCAGUUCAAAUGGAGAUUACUAAUAAGCACAAUGAUCUUAGGAGGAUGACAAAUCCUAGAGCAAGCAAUAUGCUUAAAAUGAACUGGAAUGCUGAAGUUGCCAAGAAUGCUGAAAAGUGGGCAAACAGGUGCACCUUGUCUCACAGCUCAAGAAGUCAACGAAAAGUUAGUUUUGCUAAUUGUGGAGAGAAUUUAUUCAUGUCCAGCGCUCCCUUACCAUGGUCACAUAUAAUCCAAGUUUUUUAUGAUGAAGUUAAAAAUUUUAAAUAUGGAGUUGGAGAUAUUCGAGCAAAUUCUAAAACUGGUCAUUAUACCCAGCUUGUUUGGGCCACUUCCCACCAGAUUGGUUGUGCCUUAGCCCACUGUCCUCACAAGCACCUCUCCUAUUUCUACGUUUGUCAUUAUUGCCCAGAGGGAAACAAUAGAAAUACAAAGAAGACCCCAUAUAAAAAAGGAAAACCAUGUGGGGACUGCCCUAAUAACUGUGAUAAUGGGCUUUGCACCAAUCCCUGCAAGUAUAUUGAUAGGUUCUUCAAUUGUGCAGAUUUAGUCAAAGAAUUCGGGUGUGAUAUAAACAUCACAAAAGAAAACUGCAAAGCUACCUGCAGAUGCUCUUCUGAGAUAAAAUAAUAACAUGGCAACAUUUCUUCUCAAGAGUAAAGUGACUCCAUUUAAAUCCCUGCAAAAUUCCAUUGUCUUUUUCUUAAUGAGUAUAGUUUUGAAGCUGUGUUUUAUACAAUACAUCCUAAUACUUUCACCCACUGUAUUUGUUAAUACAAGAAUAAGGAAAAAUCGGUGAUGAGAACAAUAAAUUCAAAAACUGAAUAACAGAUAAAAAUAUAAUGCUGAAUCUAAUAAUCUUUAUUAUAAUUGGUAAGACAUGUUUACAGCUUUGUGUAAUUCACAAAUAAAUGUGUUCAAAACAUUUAA